UUUGCAUUUUAUCGUAGCCUGGGCGUGUGCUCUGCGUGAGUCAAACAUAGCCGACUGGAUCAAGCUGUGAGUGCAAGUAUUUCUUCAUCCUCGUUCGUGUCGACUGACCAGAGUCCGCGAAUUUAAAAAUUUCAUCUCCAAUUGGAAAAGAGCAAACGAUGGCAGAACAACACCGUUUCGGUAAUAUCGUCACACCGAUCACUUGCCAUGCAUGGAACAAGGACCGAACUCAGAUUGCUAUGUCCCCGAACAACAAUGAGGUCCAUAUUUACAAGAGGACUGGCCUGGACUGGAAGCUGCUGGAUGUCUUGAACCAGCAUGACUUGCGAGUCAUGGGUAUCGAUUGGGCUCCCAACACCAACAGGAUUGUUACAUGUGCUGUGGACAGAAACGCCUACGUUUGGACUCAGGGGGAAGACAUGAAGUGGAAACCGACUUUGGUUCUGUUGCGUAUCAACAGAGCAGCAACUUGCGUGAAAUGGUCCCCAAACGAGAAUAAGUUUGCUGUGGGUUCCGGAGCUAGACUGAUAUCUGUCUGUUACUUUGAAUCUGAGAAUGAUUGGUGGGUCUCCAAGCACAUCAAGAAACCAAUCAGAUCGACGAUCACUGCGAUCGAUUGGCACCCGAACAACAUACUUCUGGUUGCCGGAUCCGCCGAUUUCAAAGUUCGUGUCUUCUCAGCUUACAUCAAAGACAUCGAGAAGACGCCCGAUGCGACCGCUUGGGGCUCCAAGAUGAGUUUGGGUAAUCUGAUGGCGGAAUUCCCGAACUCGCCCUGCGGCGGUGGAUGGGUGCACAGCGUGAGUUUCUCACCGGACGGUAACAAAGUUUGCUGGGUCGCUCAUGAUUCCACCAUCAACAUCGCCGAUGCCACGAACGGCAACGUCACGUACAAACUUCGCACCGAGUUUCUUCCGUUCCUCAGCUGCACUUGGAUCACCGGCAACUCCAUCAUCGCUGCUGGUCACAGCUGCAUUCCAAUUUUAUACACCCUGAGCAGCAACGGACAGCUGGUGUUUAACGCAAAGUUGGAUACUUCUCUGAAGAAGGAAAUUGGUGGCAUCUCCGCUAUGAGGAAGUUCCAGAGCUUGGAUAAGCAGGCUCGCACAGAGUCGAACGAUACCAACUUGGACUCCAUCCAUCAGAACGCCAUCACGUCUGUUGUUCUCUACUCCGGCACGAAGGAGAACACCACCAAGUUCAGCACCUCCGGAUUGGACGGACAAAUGGUCAUUUGGGACUUGGUCUCUCUCGAGAAGUCCAUGCAAGGACUCAAAAUUGCUUAAAAGUUGUUUUUUUUUUCUUUCUUUCUAUUUUUAUAUUCGCAAAGUGUGUUCCAAUUCUGCGCGUUCAUUUUAUAAAUAUGAUUUAACCAUUUUAAUUCUUAAAUAAAGUCAAUUUCAAGUCUU